AUGCCCGACAAAGCGUUGAAGGCGACCUCCCCCGAGGAGCUCUCCCUCGACAAACUCUCACUAGGCAAUUCCCAGGAGGACCGAUCACUCUCGAACCCGUCAUCAUUGAACCCACCAUUCAAGAGCCGGUCAUUCGGGAGCCGGUUAUCCGAGAACCCUUCAUCCAGAAAACCGGCGCCCAAGAAGCGUGCACCGAAGAAGAAUUCUGGCGGCUACCCCCCCUCACCAGAGGAUGGAUUCUCAAAAAGCAGCGCGCCCGGGACCAGUGUCGCUGAAACAAGGCUCUUCGAGAACACUGUCCCUGAGAACAACUCCGCUGAGAAUACCGCUCUCGAGAAGAACACGUCCGAGAACGGCUCUACCAAGCAGAUCGCCGCCAAGAAGCGCAAAAACAAGAAGCGUAGAAACAAGAAACAUGCAACCGAGCAGUCCUCCCCAGAGGAGCGCCCCUCAUGGUCCAUGCAUCCCAACCUUCACGAUCAAGUCCAAGAGAAACUAGACGAAGUCGGUCUCAUUUACACCUUCGAAGAUCAAGAUGAUGACUGUUGCGCCAACAAAACCUACGACACCAGGAUCAUGGGUAGCUUCAUUUGCGAGAACAAGAAGUGCAGGAAGCAGGGGUGGGACAGCAAGAUGAUUGCCAUCACCAUCCGCGAGUAUUGGUUGUAUCGCUACAACGCACGAGUCUACCAUCAGCGAUGCAUGGGAUGCGGAGAACUGGGAAAGCUGGUGAUUGAUGAGGAGUGCUACGCUGAGAGAGUUUCCUACCGUAUCAAGUACUGGUGUGAUGUUUCGGUGAAGCCGCCUCCCUUUGAGGGGACUACCAAGCAGCCUCAUGAGGAGGAUUGGUGUGAGGGGUGCAAGCAUGGACGCUGCAAGAGACGCUCUGGAGUGCCUGAUCGGGUGUAG